AUGAACCGUCCCACCCGCCGUGCAAUGAGCGUCUCGGCCGCCCACGCCCUCCACUUUCAAAUCCCAAAGAUGGCCACACCAACCCCACCCUCACUGCUCAAGCGCCAGCUGUCGCAGUCAAGCACCUCUCCACGUCUUAUGAGCCCCCGUCCCUCCUCCCCAGCUACACGGAGCCCACCGCCUGUUGCCCGGUCACCACCACGGCCCGCGGGCCGCGACACUCAGAGGCCGGCAUCACCCCUCGUUUCCGAGUCAUUACGCAUCCCCGUCAACGAGUACGAGGCGACAUUUGGCGCUGCGCGGACAGUCACCGCGGCCUCCAACUAG